GAGGUGGUGCACCACCGAAGGAGCCAUCCGCCGUGGACACCGCGAUAAAAGACGCUCUCCCUCACGAAUUUGUUAGAGACACGAGUGCUUACGACGACGACGUGGAAAUGGACGGAGAAACGUGAGUUCAUCGAGUUAUUCUACUUCGUCCUUAUAAUAAAUGGGAAACCCUACUUUUUCACUUUUUUUUAGAACGACCGCACCAGAGCAACGUUUCGACUGCGUCCAAGAAGAUUGUGUAUUGGUGGAAGAGGCCACACUGGAGCACGUACCUACACCAGUGGAGUUGCUGCUAAGCACCCAAGUGCCUGCGCCGGAACACCUUGAUGAACCGGAAGAGGUGCUGCUGAACACCCGACCAUCCAACCUUCAUUUACCUCCUGCUGGAUCCUUGACUGUAAGAAGGAACAACGGUACUGCCACUACAAUGCAGCGACGUGCUGGGAUCAGGCAUCACAGAAGGCAGCCAGGUCUCCGUGGCAGUGCAACAAAGCGUACCGAGCUCGUAGCUGACUGCUAUAAUGAAAAAUUACAGCAGCAGAUGCAGUUUGACCAGCAACAACACGAUCUUCAAAUGAAGAUUUUAGAGCAACAAUUCAAGAGGGAGGUCCAGCAGCAACAAUUCCUGGAAGAGCAAAACAAGCUUCAGCUGAGUGUGCUUAGCGAACAGUUAAAAUACUGGCAGCGAAAAAAUCAGACAAUGCCAGCACAGGACUAAAACAACCGUGAUGGCUUGUGAGAGAAAAAAACAUCUUUGUCACAUAACUUCGUUCCAGGCCGUGUUUUAUAUUGGCAACAGGCACGUGUCUGUUUCGGUCUAAAACUUGGACAACACUACCUAGGUCAUGCAUAAGACGUGUUUUAAUAGUGAAAUAAAACUUUCAAAUCAUCUUCAUUGUCUUUUUAAGCAGGAUUAUGUGACAAGGAUGCUUUUGUUUACAGGCCACCAGAAAUGUUUGAUGUCCGUAGUGUUAACUUUGGUGGUACUCUAUUUCUUCGACCAACAUGUGCUUUUUUAUUUUUUAAUUUUUACUUCAGUCGCUUGUCAGCGCUUCUGUAUUAUGUGGUAGUGUAGUCGAUACUGCACGACAUGCACCUAAUACCCCAAGUUAGUAGUUGUAC